CCAACUGGAUAAACGAGUCGAGGACAGGACAGGCUUUGGUCCGUCAGAGGGAGUCCACUUUAGAAGUUUUCGAAGUUUCAGACUGUGUUGGUUAUUUGUAGCUGAUCUUACUUUUUUAAUCUAUUUUUUCUCGCUACGUGUUCACUUUGACAAUCGGAAGAGUCAGAGAGAACAGUUUGUUCAUGCGGUGAUUAUUACUGCCGAUUAAUCCCUCACUCUCCCGAGACGCGGCGGUUUCAUGCGCCAGAGUUGAUGCAUUUCUUCACUGUGUAUAGUGUGCUCCCUGGACUAAACUGUAGGCGACGAGCUUUAAUCUUAUCAAGUCUUCGUGUCUAAGGCCUGUGUGUAAGGUUUGCAUUCUGUCAAAGAAAAAAAAAUGUUGUGGAAGUUGGCAGAUAACGUGAAGUACGAGGAGGAUUGCGAGGAGAGGCAUGAUGGCAACAGCAAUGGAAAUUCACGGUUACCGCACCAUCCGGUGGUUAGUCAGCCCCUCUACAGUCCGGCACCUUCUCUAUCACACUCAACCGGCUCUGACUUUCAACCACCAUACUUCCCUCCUCCCUAUCAACCACUACCUUACACCCAGCCGAAUGACCCGUACUCUCACCUCAGCGACCCAUUCAACAUCAACUCUAUCCAUCAGUCCCCGACAUCUAAUCAGCAACAGCCGUGGCCCGGCCGUCAAAACCAAGACGGGAUCGGACCACAUGCACGCAGUGGACUCACUACUCAGAUUCUGGGCUUAGAAGGUGGAUCUUCCAGCAUUCGAAGAGAUGGCUUUAGGCGGCCAGAGUUGCUACCUCCACAUGUCCAUGGACUUGAGUCAGCAAUGGGCGACAAUAUGGGACUGCAUGAAAUGGGGCAAGGACUCGACGACGUCCAACAUGUGGAUGAUCACAGUAUUGUAACCGCUGACCAGACAGUCAUCAAAAAAGGUCCGGUGACUCAUCCUAAGGGCAACCCAACAGGUGUUCCCUUUCAGAGGGAGUCCCUGCUGGGCAUGGUAUCCAAUCCCACAGAGGUGUUCUGUUCUGUCCCUGGCCGCCUUUCUCUGCUCAGCUCCACCUCUAAGUACAAAGUGACUGUAGCCGAGGUUCAGAGACGCCUGUCCCCACCUGAGUGUCUCAACGCCUCCCUGCUCGGCGGUGUACUACGCAGGGCCAAAUCAAAGAAUGGUGGGAGAUCCCUCAGAGAGAAGUUGGAUAAGAUUGGGCUGAACUUGCCAGCAGGUCGCAGGAAGGCAGCUAACGUCACUCUGCUAACAGCGCUUGUAGAAGGUGAGGCUGUACACCUGGCCCGAGACUUUGGUUAUGUCUGUGAGACAGAGUUUCCCGCUAAGGCAGUGGCUGAAUAUCUGGGAAGACCCCAUGUUGAACGCAAUGAGAUCAACUCGCGCAAGAACAUGCUUCUGGCUGCCAAGCAAAUCUGCAAGGAGUUCACAGACCUCCUGACCCAGGAUCGCAGUCCGCUGGGCAACUCACGGCCGGUUCCUAUUUUGGACCCGGGCAUCCAAGGCUGCCUGACCCACUUCAGCCUCAUUACACACGGCUUUGGCUCACCAGCCAUCUGCGCUGCCAUGACCUCGCUGCAGAACUACCUCAAUGAGGCUCUGAAGCAGGUGGACAAAAUGUACCUUAAUGCAGCUGGAGACUCCUCACAAGGCUCCUCAGAUGGAAGCAGCAAAGCUAUGGACAAGAUGGACAAACACAGGAAGUGAAGCAUCCAGUUUGCUGAAACAUUUUUUGAGGACCACAGAGCGGUCGGUGCCUCGUCACCUUUUUGUCGGUCCAGCUGAUUGAUUAAUGGCUCACUGCUCCUUCCUUCAUAUUCUGGUCUUCCAGAUCACAGUGGCUAUCCUCUUUGUUCUUCCGAGUAACUGGCGCAGAUUAUUGUAAUUUCUCCACCAACAUCUCUAGACAAGUGUUCGCCCAAAAAUAUGGUGGGAGCUUUUUUUUUUCCUCUCUCUUUUUUUUUUAAAGCAGAUACCAUUUCAAGAGUUUAUAUGUGGAUUUUAGCUUUUGGUUUUUUCAUGAAGAGGAAGUCCUACAUUGAUGAUGUCAUCAUCUUUGGUGCUGACAACAAGCAGAGGACAUGCAGAGGACAUUUGAUCCACUUUGAGAGAAUAAGUAGCUUUUUUGCUUAACUUCAUUUGGAUGCAGUGUUAUUGUACUUCUGUCUGUGGGAGUAUUGUUAGCAUGAAUGAGUGUUAUGUAUGUCUCUAUCGUAAAUAAGCAUCGAUAUAAAUGUCCCGAAAGGCACUGAAAAAAAAAUUGUCAAGUGACAAUUUUGGGAUAAAUAAUAAAUGCUCUUUCAGGGCUGUUUUUAUUGUCCUAUUAGCUUUAUACCAAAUGUUCACUGAAUAAGAUCACAAUGAUGAGCAAAUGUGCCCCAGUUAAGUACACUGGUAACCUGCUUAAUAUUUUCAACAUUAUUCAAGUUAUCCGAAGAUCAGAGUCAGACAGACAAAUGCAUGUGUGUUUUGUGUGAUACUAUCCAUGUUUUCUGUAAAUACAGUAUGUCUUUUUUAUACUUUUAGAUUAAAUGGACUAGAAAAUUUGCUUCCACUUAUCUUGCCCUAAAUGUAAAUAUUUUCUAAUUUAUGUUGUAAUUUAAUGGGAUUUGUAAAUACUGGUACAAUUCUGGUGUAUGGUUUUGCUUUCAAAAAGAUGUCUUAAUCUUUUUAUAAAUAGGUUAGUUUUUUUUUAUCAUAUAGUCAUUAGGCCUUGGGGAUUGUUUUCUUUUCAUAUAAGUGUAAAAGCCUUUUAAAGCUAUA